AUGAACGGUGACUCAGGUGCCGGCGUGGUGACGGCCCACCCUCCCGCCACAGCCCCACACAAAGAGCGCUACUUUGACCGGGCGGUGGAUGAGAGCAGCCCCGAGUACCAGCGUGAGAGGAACAUGGCGCCCGCACUGCGCCAGGACUUCAACAUGAUGGAGCAGAAGAAGAGGGUCUCCAUGAUACUGCAAAGCCCGGUGUUCUGUGACGAGCUGGAAUCCAUGAUCCAAGAUCAGCUUAAAAAGGGCAAGACGCCCACCAGCCUGCUGGCGCUGCAGCAGAUUGCUGACUUCAUGACCACAAGCUUGCCUUCCAUGUAUCCAGCUGCGCCGCAGGGGGGAAUGGCAGCUCUCAACAUGAGUUUGGGUAUGGUGACUCCAGUGAACGAUUUGCGCGGUUCGGAUUCCAUCUCUUAUGACAAAGGCGAGAAGCUUCUCAGAUGCAAGCUAGCGGCCUUCUACCGGCUCACCGACCUGCUCGGGUGGUCGCAACUUAUCUACAACCAUCUCACUGUAAGAGUGAGCUCAGACCAAGAGCGUUUCCUUAUUGUCCCUUUCGGGCUCCUGUACAGUGAAGUAACUGCAUCCAGCCUGGUGAAGGUCGACCUCUCGGGUGACAUUGUGGAUCGAGGAAGCACCAACCUCGGCAUCAACGGGGCUGGCUUCAACCUGCACUCCGCCAUUUAUGCCACACGGCCAGACGUCAAGUGCAUCGUCCAUAUACAUACAGCUGCAGGCGCAGCAGUGUCUGCUAUGAAAUGCGGACUUCUACCCAUUUCGCCCGAGGCACUUGCCCUUGGUGAGGUGGCUUACCAUGAUUACAAAGGCAUACUGGUGGAUGAGGAGGAACGCGUCAUCAUCCAGAAGAAUUUGGGCAAAAACGCUAAGGUGCUCAUUUUGAGGAACCAUGGUUUGGUGGCUGUGGGCGAAACUGUGGAGGAGGCAUUCUAUUACAUCCACAACUUGGUCAACGCCUGUGAAAUUCAGGUGCGAACACUGGCCAGUGCUGGAGGCCCAGAUAACCUGGUGAUGCUCGACCCGGGCAAGUACAAGUCCCGUCCUCGCGUUCCCGAGCCUGCCGGCGACGGGUCCUCGGCCCAACCCAAGUGGCUAGUAGGGGAGCAAGAGUUUGAGGCUCUCAUGCGAAUGCUCGACAACCUGGGCUAUAGAACCGGGUACCCCUACCGUUGUCCGGCAUUGCGAGACAAAGGUAAAAAGUACAGUGACGUGGAGAACGCUCACUCCGCUGGUUACUCUUACGGCGAGGACAGCGACUCGGGCGCUCGCUCCCCAAUGAAACACAGCUUCCAGCGCGGCCAGCGCGACAGGACCCGCUGGCUUAAUGCCAGCGGUCGGCCUGACGAACCAGGCGAAGACGGACCCGAUGGCGGCAGCCCCAAGUCGAAGCCUAAGGUGUGGACGAACAUAACACAUGAUCACGUCAAACCCUUGCUGCAGUCGCUCUCGUCUGGUGUCUGCGUGCCAAGCUGUAUAACCAACUGCUUGUGGACUAAAGAAGACGGAAUGCGACAAGCCGCUGCGGCCAAUCAAUUUAUCCCGCUGAACACCAACCCCAAAGAAGUACUCGAAAUGAGGAAUAAGAUCCGUGAGCAGAAUCUGCAGGACAUAAAGACAGCUGGACCUCAGUCUCAGGUUCUGUGUGCUGGCUCGGUGGUGGAGCGCAACUUUCAACAGGACGCCCCUUUGUCUGACUGUACAGACACUAUUGACGGCCUUGAUGCCUCCGAGGGGUCCUAUAGUCCUGCUAGAUCUAUUAGAAAGGGGGAGCUGGUAACCGCAUCUAAGGCCAUCAUCGAGAAAGAGUACCAGCCCAAGGUGAUAGUCAGCAAGCAGGGGCCAAACCCCUUCAACAAGUUCACCGACCAAGAGCUGGACGAAUAUCGUCGAGAGGUAGAGCUUAAGCAGAAAGGACCUGAAGUGCAGGAACAGGACUGUAAGGCUGCACUUUCCUUCAAGUUGGAAAGUGUAUCGAUGGUUGAAACAGCCUCAGAGCAGGGCUUCAGCCUCACGGAUGAGGUCUUCCCGGACUCCCCCCACAAAGAGUUCCAUUGCGCUGUGCUGCGAGCCCUCAGCAAGGAGCCACCGGAGGCAAAAAAGGCUGAAGAUCAAGAGCAAAUAGCCGAACCCGAGGAGGAGGAGGAGGCCAAAGACCCAAAGGCGACCUGUACGCCACCCAGCACUCCAGUCAGAGCAGAGGAAGAGACCUUGCCGGAGCCCACGUUUAAGGACGACAGCGACGCCGCCACCUUGAAACAGACCCUGCCCGACUUAACCCCAGACGACCCGUCCGACGCCCCGGCGCUUCCAGUCGAGGACUCUGAAGCCGUCUCCGCCCCUGCUGCCGCGGAACCCGCCGACGACGGCGAGGAAGCCGCUGCCGCAGACGCGGAAGGCGACGAGUCUCCAACCAAGUCUCCCUCCAAAAAGAAAAAGAAGUUCCGUACUCCUUCCUUCUUGAAAAAGAACAAAAAGAAGCCUGAAUCUUAA